AUGUCGAAUCUCCCUCCCUCCCUUCCCGUAUCCAUUCAAAACUCGGACGCCGCGCAAAAGGCUUAUAAUGUUAUUCUGGAACUCGAGAGGAGGUUGUUGCAUCCUAGUCAGCACAACGAGAGGCGGCCGAAGACGCACACAGACCUCGGUGAACAAAGGAACUUGGUGCUAUGUCGGAUCCUUGGGUACCUCUUACACCACGCGCCUACGGAGCAAGCUAGAGCGUCCGUUGUGGAUGGUAUUAUCGCGUGUGAUGGUGAUGAUGAAAGAGUGUUAGAAUUUGGGGAGGUGUUUCUGGAUUUUAUUCGAGUUUUGCAUUCGAAGAAAGGCGAAAUGAGGACACCUCCCGAGUUCCCGGACGACCGUAGAUAUGAUCUUCGAGUCGAGAGGGUGGAAUGUUUGAACGAUCUGCCGAAGGACGAUUGGACAGUCAAGAAAUACGCUUUGAAGCGGGAUGGAUACCGCUGCAUGCUCACGGGCGCCUUUGAUGCAACGGCGUGCGAGCAAUUACCAGAGAUCCUCGCCAAACUCACGGAGAAUCCAAAGAAUACCUAUACCGAGACAGAGUGCUGGUAUAUCUUGCCGGACGCCAUGAACCGCGGAGUCGACGACGAUCACGACGCAGACAACUUGAAGGGACCGUGGGGUUCGACCGUUUGGAGGUUGCCCCAGCGGUUUGGGUAUAACCAUAUAUUGAAUGAAUUGAACGACUCCAAUAUUAACCGACUAGAUAAUGUGUUGACGUUGGCGCCAGAGGUACGCAUUGCAUUCGAUAAUCUCAAGAUAUGGUUGGUCCCUUCGGACGACCCUGAACCGAACACUUACAAAGUCGAGGCAUCCCAUCCCCUCCGCCUCAGGAAAUUCCCGAAAGUCAUCCGAUUCCAGUCUAGCGAUCCUGAAAACCUCCCCCUUCCCGACCCUCGAUUCCUGGAGAUCCAUGCGUUGUGUGCGAAGGUGGCUCAUUUCUCGGGUGCCACUUCGUAUUUGGAUAGACUUCUGAGGGAUUAUGAGGACAGUACGGUACUUGCGGACGACGGGUCGCACGCUGAACUGCUCAAGCAGCUCCUCAUGCAGGCUAUCCCUCGCGCGACGCGAGAUCGAGAGUAG